AUGGAAAACGGUGCUCAUAAUGGGGGACGCUCGGAUCACGAUAGGGAUCACAAGGCGAACGGGCGGUUGUCGGGUGGACGCGAGAGCAGUAAUCCCCCGACCGACAAGGGCAAGGCUGUCGACUCGGCGUCAGGUUCUACAUUGAACGGAGCAAAGGAUGGAAGCACACAGCCGCCCAAACCAAAGGGGAACUCUGAUGGACUGCAAGGUACUGUCGCGUCGAACCGCUCGAGGAUGAAUGACCUUCCCGACGAGAUUGUCCACAUCACCCAGGGCUUCAUCCCGCUAUCGACUAUUCUCGUGCGCCUUGCCCAAUCUACGCAUGACGACCUGCAAAAAGCCAUCAUGGACGCGGCCAGCGUUAAGUGGAUGCCCGUGACCAUGAACGGCAAUGCAGCGAACGGAAGCGACUUGCCCGACGAUACCUCGGAAGGGAACCGCAAGAGGAAGACGACGUUACUCAAGUUCGCCCAAGAUGCACACACGAAAUGGGUCAAGGCUCUUGUCAUUACCGAUUGGAGCAGAAAAGCUGCGACAGUGAGCAAGCUGAUCGAUCUCAAGGCCCAUUUGGACGGGAAGCGCAUGCUCUUCGACAUGACUCUGAACCAGCUCAUCGAACUCAAACUGUCCCUGAACCAGGCGAAAUUGCCGAGCCCAGACCUGAAGACUGCCUUGCAAAUUCUGACCACCGGCGAGGCACCUUGGAUUCCAGAGCCCGGUUACAUCCCACCACCAGCCCUGACCCCAGAAGAACAGUUGAAAUGGGUUGAAGAACUGAACACGCUGCUCUCGCUUCGUCUCAAUCUGGAAGACUAUGAUAAGAUCCCGCCCCAGUUCAAGGACUACACCAUCGAAUCCGGCCGGGUGACCUUCAAGGUCAGGGGAGAGUUCGAGGUAGACCUCACAAUAGCGGACGAGGAUUUCGAGAAGCAAUUUUGGUUCAUCGACUUCCGCUUCGACUUCUCGCCAUCAUCCGAGAAGUUGUCUGAUGGGUUAAUGACCUACCUAGAGGCCCAGGUCAACGACAUUUUGGGGAAGGAUGGCUUGCAGGGGUGCUAUCAGUUCCUCCAUGAGUUUGUGCUCACUCACAAGGUCAACGAACUGAAGCGACAGGCCAUCGAGCUUGUUCGGAGCUCGUGGGCCGUCCAUCUCAAGAUCGAGCCACUUAACAGGGCCCUGGCCCUCCAAUACUGGACAAAUCGCUUACCCCCCCAUGCGCCCAAGAGCUGGGUCAUGGUGGCUGUCCAGAGUGGCAAGCGAAAGAAGAACGGUGAACUGGACCCGAAAUAUCCCAGUCGACUCGUGGCCCGUUGGUACAGGGAUAACCAGGAAGUCUCGGAUAUCGAACUACGACUCAACAUGGAGGUUAUAUCGGCCGAAGAGUUGCUCAAAUCCGCCAUCGCGAAUCACGUCGAGCAUAUCCUCUCGACGAUACACGAGAAGCUCAUUACUGCGCCGAGAUUUGUGAAGCACGAGACAUUUAUGCGCCUUAAGGUGUCCCCGACAGAACCCCUGGAAUCGACGUUGGAAGUGCAGCUGGGUGGUAGCCACAAGGUGACUCUCAUGAUCGAGCCAGUCACCGGGCUGGUUGCGCUUCAGCCCCACACCCGAUAUGCACUUCAAGGCGAGAAUCGACUCAACCACGGCGUCAAAGACGUUGCAAAGGAUGGCGUUAACGUUCUGGAAAACAUCCGGUGGGGCUUCGUUAUGGAUGAAAUCAACCGUCGUGGCCGGAGCGCCGGUUGGACCCUCGCCAAGAGUCCUAUCGGGAAUGAGGAUGUCAAGCGGCUUAUCAAAGCGCGCGAUGGGUAUCAUGCGCUUUUCUUUCAGCGUCAAGGUUUGGGCCCUGAUUGGUUCGUCAUGCUUUCGAUGAGCCUCUCUGGUGAUGAAUGGGUGUUGGUCCGGGUAAACCGGGCAGCACCCGUCGGAUCGAUCCGGACAAGCAUCAACCUGAACUUCUCCAAGGAGCAACCAAGCCUAGAUGACGCAUUCUGGGACACCCUGACCGUCUACAUUACCGGAAUAAUCUCGCAUGCGGUUGAGCUUGAAGGCGCACGCGACAUGGGGGUUCGUUACCUCCCGAGCGAAGACAAGAGGAAGUCCUUACCGGCGCAGAUCAAAAUUCCAGUGAUCCUCUUUAACGUAGCCGACGUUCUGGACCCGCCGCGGCGUAUUAGUAAGCGCAUGAACAACGGCGCAGAUACACCGUGCGAGACGAACAUUCUCCCCUGGGCUGCGGAUACGGUUGAGAUGCACUUCAGGGGCGUGCGUCGUGACCUGGAAGAUGCCACCAGACUGGGCGCGACUGUCGAUGCGAUACUCCAUGUCAAGGACAAGUCGAAGUUUCAACAGCUCCGCGGUCGAAUCGACCGUAGCGUCUUCUUCUACCCAAGGGCCGGGCAGUUCCUCAUACGCAUGCGGGGAUCGGCUGGGCAACCCAUUCUACAGACGUUGGCCGGUCACAUCCGAUCCAUCGACAGGCUGGUCAAGUUCAUCAAUGCUAUCCGCUUUGCUAGAACUCCAGUGAAAUGCAAGGACGUAAGUCUUCACAGGAUCAAGUUCGCCUAUAAAGACGUUGUGGCGCCGGGGCAAGACGGCGAACCAAGAGAGUGGACGGCCAUCCUGGACAUGGCUCGGGGCGCUCGCGUUCGGCUGGUUCUCGAGGAUGGUAAUCCCCAUACACGUAUCCUUGACUUGUUGACGAGAAUGGCCAACAACCCCAACGGGAUCGUCGUCAUGAUCCCUUUCCUCGCCGACAUUCUUCCGGUCCUCUCCGCUUUUGACGCCAUGGAGACCAGAUGGGAAGAGGUGACAUCGUCCGGGCAGGGCCAAGUGGAAAUUUUUGCUAGGGCAGCCGACUGGCACUCGGUUCGGUAUACCAUAACGAACGGCCCGGACCCUUCGCAAGGACCGCGCCAGAUCUUCAUCGACCUGCGGACCAAAGGUCGCGAGGGCGAGACGUUUUGGUUUGUCUCGUCUAGGCGCCGCAGCACAGCCCCGUCAUCGGCUUCGGACGAGGAGGUGAGCAAGAUUCUCCGGCCCGUGUGGGAUUCGCGUGGGGAGGGGUGGCGGGGCCUCUCGACCGGUGCGGCGGCUCGACUCGGGACGGGCGUGAUGGAGCUGCUCCUGGCGCUGGACGACGCGGUGAGGGCGCAUGCGAUCGGUGCUGCUGCGUCGGGCGAUGGGGCGUCGACUACCGGACUCCCUACGCAGGUGAGCCAGACGUUUUCGAGCCAAGGGUCCGGCACGGCGACGCAGCAGACCAGCCCGAACGCGAGUCAAACUCAACCACGCCAGAACCAGUUGUUUCAGAGACGGAAACAUGUGGCCGCCAACAAGAGCGGAGGUAAAAACGCGCCAGUAAUGGUCUUGGAUUGA